AUGGCUCUUGCUCUUCCGCUCGGGAAGCUGACCGUUCUCAUCGGUGCAGGACUUGUUGGGUCUGUGCUUGCUAAAGAAGGGAGCUUACCAGAUGUCUCGAACUUGGUCUCCGGUGCUUAUAAGCUUGCAUUUAGGCAACUGAAACAAGAAGAACCUGCCAAAUCAGCCACUAAGCCCCACAAUGAUACACUUCUUGCUCAGGUUAAUAGUCUUAGGCAUGAAUUGCAGUUGCUGUCUUCAAACAGACCUAUCACUAUUGUUACCACAGCGGGAUCAGGUGGUAGAAAGUAUGGUUUCAUCAUUAUUAUUGGGGUGAUAGGCUACGGAUAUGUAUGGUGGAAGGGCUGGAAACUUCCAGAUUUUAUGUUUGCGACAAGGCGCAGCUUAUCAGAUGCAUGUGAUAAUGUUGGCAACAAGAUCGAUGGUUUUUACUCAUCUCUCUCGGGUACAAAACGGGAGUUAAGUUCAGAAAUUGACAGGAUAUGUCAUGAUGUGGAUGCAAAUACAGAAAUUAUUCACGAUACAGCACGAGAGUUGACUCAACUACGGGAUGGAACAGCAAAUAUGAAGGAUGACGUUAGGUCUGUUUUUGAUGCUGUUGAAACUCUGGCAAGCAAAGUCUAUCGCAUUGAGGGAAAUCAGGAUAUCACGCUUAAAGGAGUUGGAGCUCUGCAUGCUCAGUGUCGAGAGAACAGAAGAAUUCAAGAGUCCAAUCAGGCUUUGCCAUCAACUUCAUCAAUGCCAGCCAUUGAGGCAGCUCCUAUGACACCAUCUUCCAGGACUCUGAGUUUGCCUCCUAUUUCUCCCUGUGAAUCACAGUCGCCGUCAACCCCUGAUGAACAGUCACAUGGUCCACUUUUGCACACCCAAUCUAUGUCUGGUUUGAAGGACAUAAGUGAAAGCUCUAGCAGCCAGGAGACUUUUUCAGGGAAAGCAACGGCUAAUGGUGCAUCAGGCUCGAGUUCAGGCCUCCUUAGUAGGUUUUCAAUGCCAAAGAUAGUGAGGACUCUUAGUGCGGUCAACAAAGUACCUACUAACUGA